GGAAGGAAGAUUCGCAAGUCUGACAGAUUUUGGGUUAUUUGCUUCGUCUGUUCCCUCUCUGCUACGUCUGCUGGGGAGAGCAGACAUUUCUCGGAUAGAAGUCUCGUUCAGAGGACUUCUUCUAUUGUAAUCCCCUGUUGCCUUGUGCCCAGGGGGAUUUCGAUGUUUGUUUUGGAUCUUGAUAGUCACAUGCUUAAGAAAACUAGCAGAUUAAAGAAGGCAACACAAAGAGAAGAGCGAGCCUUGUUAGUUCGGAGACCUGGAAAGGCAGAGGAGGUGUGUGAGGAAUCCGUGGGAAGGUGACAAAGUUGAAGAUGGGUGGAGGUGAAAGAUUUAACAUUCCUGGUCAACAUAGAAAUAACCUUGGCAAACAGAUCAACCGUCAGAAGUUGUUUGAUCGUAACAAUCAAAAGAUGAACACGUCUCACACUAAGGACAGGGGCCGUGGUUGUGGGACAUCUCUUGCGUGGCAGGCCAUGCAGAAUGGCAUUAACAAUAAUGCUUUCUCUCCAAAUCAAAACUGGAGCGCUGGGUUUCCAGCCUCCAAGAACCUCUUUACCGAUGAAGACAACCAGAAUUACGCUGGAGCCAAAUUUAGCGAACCUCCAUCACCGAGUGUUCUUCCCAAACCACCAAGCCACUGGGUGCUCCUAUCCUGCAGUCCAGCGGAGAAAGAGCUCAUGUCAUUCCAGCUGAAAACCUUGCUAAAGGUGCAGGCUUGAGUUGGACCUAUCAACACCAUCAGUGAUAAAUGCCUAUAGGACACUUACAGGGUUCUAGGUUGAAGAAUGCUUAACAGUGUGUAAUACAUGAGAUCUUACUUGACUAUACCAGCAUGAAAUGGAUCGUUUUUGUCUAAAAUCCCUCAGGAGUUAAAAUGAACUGAAUGGUGGGUGAAGCUUCCGUGAAGAGACUCCCGCAUACAAAGCACUUUUUCCACAGCAUAGCUGGUGCUUGAUGCACUGAAUUUCCAACUUGCACCCAAAUUAAUGGUAUACAACACUUUGCACAUGAAGUAAGCAGUUGGACAGCUUCAUGAGUUGGCUUUGGAUGCUUUCCUUGUUAGCUUAGAAUGCUGUCUGCUCUUGUAUAUCUUUAAUUUGCAGCAUGUGCUGCGGUAGCUCUUAGUUAUGUCAUCAUUUUUAUUAAGUUAAUGGAGUCUCCAUUUUAACCAGUGUUUCUUUUAGUCUGCUUAGCCCUGGCUGUAUUGGUCCAUCAAGUUGGAACCUUGCAGUACUGGGUUUGUAAUAUAUAUUCUUCCUUACCUUAAGGCAGUGGGUUCAAGUAACCCCCAAUGUGGCACAUCUUUUGGUUAGACUCUUUAAUCCAUUAUAGAUAUAGAAAUGUUAGUUGUACCACCUUGAUGUAGUGCCAGGAGUAUCCUUCACCUGUACAACUAAGUCUUGCUUCCCUGCAGUGCUGUUCUUCAGUUUGGGAAAGUGUGCCUUAAGGUUUUAAGGGGAAUUAUGAAAGAAAAGGUUCUUACCACCCAUGCCAUAUCUAAACAAUUAUGAUUAAUUUUAAGUUUUGCACAGUUUUUAUGAUCUGUUGUCCCUCCCCCCCCAGUUCUUGUAUUUCUUCUGCAGGCUGAACAGAACUAAUAGUAGGCAAGAGUUUUUGAAUAUAUAUAAAUGGGACACCACCUGGGACAAAGCAAGCAGCAUUCGCUUGAAAAACGAUCUAUACAAAAUUAACACUGAACUCUUCCUGCAAUAUGUUCUCCCAGCAGAGUAAAUACAAGUGAAGCAAGGAGAUCCUCUGCACUGAAAAUCCAGUUUACAAAGCGUGCAAUCCACUACUGCUUGUAGGGAUGGCUGAGCAUAUAUAUGAUAAAAUGUCCAAAAUGUAUAAUAUCACGAUUUUGCAUAAGAAUGGGAAACUGUUUUUUUUUUUUUUUUUUUAAUUCGAUAGUACCCCUUUAAAACACAAAUUUAUGCACAGACUGAUCCUAACCUCUGAGGUAUAGUGAAUAAGAUUAUUUUAGAACUAGUAAUGUUAAUUGUGCCAAUGAGAGUAUAUUUGCACUGUAAGACUGCCAAAUUUGUUAGUUUCUCAUCCAAAAAGUAGACUGCACAAAGUAUACCAUAACUUAGUGUUCACAUCAGUCCAGAAUAAUGUCACUUGGAGACCAAGCUGGCUGCAUAUAUGUCUUGUUUACUAUGGUGCGUGGACUUGGCUGCAUUUUGCAGUCACUUGGGCUCAUUUAACACUGGGCAAACUUGUACCUGGAUGGUGGCCCUUGGCUUUCAAUCACAAUUUUGCUUUCACUGUUCUCUCUGCAACUGGGGGAGAAAAUAAGCUUAUCACUGAUUGGUUGCUAUGAGUUACUGUCUAGGCAGAACUUUGCCCGGUGUUGGCAGAUAAGCCCCAGUGUGUCUUGCCUCAUAGGAAAUAAAGCAUGUUUAUGGCCAGCACCAGAUCUUAGCAUAGUCAUAGCCCUGUUUUACACAACCCUUGAUCUUUUAAAGCUCUUACUGUGAAUUAUGCUUCAGGGUAAGGGGAGUCCCUUGUAGGCUUUUUAUAUGGUUAGUUGCAAAAUGAGCACCCUUCAACUUGGCACCCUGUGGUGUCUUCAGACUAUAAUACUCCGCAUAGAACAACUAGGAGCCAUGUAUAUAACUGUAAAAGUUGUAGAAUAUGUAAAUGAAUGCAGGAAAUCCUGCCAAAGAUAAAGUAUUUUUUAGUACAAACUUCUGAAUGGUCACGCAAAAGCUGUGACUUUGAAAAACGAAUUAUUUUCUUUAAGGAAAACACGUGUGCUUGUAAGUAGCCUUUGCACAAAGUGCCAGUGUUUAUAUGUUCACAUUCUUGUGUUAAGAAUUGUAAACUGGUUCUGUUGUGGGAUUGCAAAUGAAGCAUUUAAUGGUUUUUUACAAAAGAGAAAAAAAAACUUUUUUUAAAAAAAAA